AACUGGUGCUCUGGUCACUUGGGAACAUCACAUUGAAAAUAAGGGAACCGAAACGAAAUCUUCUUCAUGAUGAAUAGGAGACUGUUAGCGUCAUCGUCGUCGUCCCUCCAAGCGAUCCGACGACGGCUCUUGGMAUGCCCGUCGCCUUCGCUCUCCGUCGGCCGAAUCAAUCGAGGGGCGUUCACAGCGGUUGGAACAGAUGUGGGAACCCUUCGGCCCUUCCAUGCUGGAUCCGCUUGUGCCUCGUCUUCUGACGCAUUGGACAUGACGGAUUCGUUUGCUCGCCGACACAGUAAGUGCUGAGGGACUCUUGCUGUGACCAUUGAUGUUGGCAUUUUAAUGAUCUAUCUGCCAUAAAGGUGAAUUGGCAUUUUGGCAUUUCAAAACCACAACCUUAGACUCCCCUUCGCUUCCUUUAAUUUGUUGGUCGCAUCGAGUUGUUCAUUUUUCUCUUAGUAUCUUUUCUUCUAACUUUCUGCACGAUCAUAACCGACAACUCAUAUCACUUUGAAUCGUUGACGACAUUACCUCCUCUCAAUGGGAACCAAUUGUGUAUUCAAAAAAUACGUAUGAUGUGUUCCUUUGCUUGACAAAUUUACCCAUGCAACAUGAAAUCAGUGGGUCCUAGGCUCGAAGAGUCGAUUUCCAUGUUACAGACUAUCGGCUUCGAAUCGUUCGACGAGCUCGUAAAAUCAACCGUCCCAGCAGAUAUUAUGACCGACAAACCCUUGGUAUUGGAGGAUCCCAUGUCGGAAUCAGAGGCACUCAAUCAAAUUAGAAAGUUCGCUGAUCGUAACAAAGUUAUGAAAUCCUACAUUGGGCAGGGAUAUUACGACACUCAGGUCCCAGCUGUGAUAUUGAGAAACGUGCUAGAAAAUCCCGGCUGGUACACUGCAUACACCCCUUAUCAGGCUGAAAUAUCACAGGGGCGUCUAGAAAUGCUUUUGAAUUUCCAAACACUUGUCGUAGACUUGACGGGACUACCUAUGGCCGUAGCCUCUUUGUUGGACGAAUCCAGUGCCGCAGCAGAAGCAAUGCAAAUGUGUUUCGCCCUGAAGGGAGGACGAGGGAAGAAAAAGAAAAACAAAUUUUUCAUAUCAAACGACGUUCAUCCACAAACAAUUGGCUUGAUCGAAACUCGUGCAUCAGCAAUUGGAAUCGAGGUUGUGAAAGGCAAUCAUUCGGAUGUCGAUUUCUCAGRUAAAGAUUUCUGCGGAGCGAUUGUACAAUAUCCAAAUACGUACGGUGCCCUUGAAUCCGAUGGAGAAUCUUACAAGUCGUUCACAGCUCGCGCUCACGAGGCGGACGCAAUGGUUAUAGCGGCGACCGAUCUUUUGGCACUAACGAAGUUGGCUCCUCCUUCGUCGUGGGGGGCAGACAUUGCUGUAGGAUCAGCUCAGAGAUUUGGUGUUCCAAUGGGUUUCGGUGGUCCCCAUGCGGGAUUCUUGUCGACGUCCGAUAAGUACUCACGAAAAAUGCCAGGUCGUAUUAUUGGUGUUACGGUAGAUUCGUCCGGCAAACCAUGUCUGCGAAUGGCCAUGCAAACACGAGAACAGCACAUUCGUCGGGACAAGGCUACGUCGAACAUCUGCACAGCGCAAGCACUACUGGCCAACAUGGCUGCCGCAUACGCAAUUUAUCACGGACCGGAAGGAUUGGCUGAAAUCGGAGGACGGGUUCACGCUUUGGCCCGGGUGGCUGCGAGGGAAUUGAUUGCAGACGGCUUCAAGCUCGCCCAUAACGAAGCUGGAGAAUUUUUCGACACAAUCGCGGUGGAUGUUUCCUCGAAGGGAUUGACGGCCGCUGAAGUGCAAGCCGGAGCUGUCGAAGCCGGAGCAAACGUCCGAAUCAUCGACGAAAACACCGUUGGUAUCUCGAUGGGUGAGGGGGUCACUCGUGACGAUCUUUAUGCUCUAUUGUGUCACGCAUUCCGUUUGGAUGCACCCGAUGUUACAGCCGAAGAUGACUCAUUAACAUCGAUUCCUUCAAAGUACGCUCGCGACGGAGAAAUCUUGACCCAUCCCAUCUUCCACCAACACCGAUCAGAAACCCAAAUGCUCCGUUAUUUGAAAUCUCUUGAGAAUAAGGAYUUGUCGUUGAACCAUUCGAUGAUUUCAUUGGGUUCUUGUACGAUGAAACUGAACGCAACUAGUGAAAUGAUUCCGGUAACCUGGCCUGAAUUCUGCAAUAUCCACCCAUUUGCUCCCCACGACCAAGUUGAGGGCUAUCAUGAACUUAUCGAAGAUCUCAACACAGAUCUUGCAGAAAUUACGGGAUUUGCCGCUGUCAGCGCUCAACCGAAUUCUGGAGCCACGGGAGAGUACGCUGGCCUUUUGGCUAUCAAAGACUACCUUGAAUCCAAGGGUGAAGGACAUCGUGACAUUUGCUUAAUCCCGAAAAGUGCUCACGGAACAAACCCCGCCAGUGCUGUCAUGGCAGGGAUGAAGGUUGUGGUAGUAAACAAUGACGACAAGGGGAAUAUCGACAUGGAAGAUCUGACCGCAAAGAUCGAGAAGCAUCGAGACAAUCUCGCCGCAUUUAUGGUAACGUAUCCAUCUACAUUCGGUGUUUUCGAGGAGGGUAUCAAGGAAAUCAUCGGCUCCAUUCACGAAGCUGGUGGACAAGUCUACAUGGACGGUGCUAACAUGAACGCGCAAGUGGGUCUUACGAGUCCCGGUCUGAUUGGCGCCGAUGUGUGUCACUUGAACCUUCACAAGACUUUCUGCAUACCUCACGGAGGAGGUGGACCAGGUACGAAUUCAUUUAUCUUUUCRUGUCCUUACGUAUUUUCUCUUUAGUUAGCUAAGGCUCACGAUGUUAUGAUUGCUUUCUGCGACAACCAUAUGACACAGGUGUUGGUUCAAUCGGAGUUGCUGCCCAUCUCGCUCCAUUUUUGCCUGGGCAUGUCUCAGGACCCGAGGCUUCCGGAAAACUCUGUGGAAAUGAAUUGUGUGUUCCAAAAGAGACUGGUGCAAUUGCAGGAGCUCCCUUCGGAUCUGCCGCCAUCCUUCCGAUUUCAUGGAUGUACAUUAAGAUGCUUGGGGAACCAGGACUGAAACUGGCUACCGGUCAAGCUAUCUUAAAUGCCAAUUACAUGGCUGCCCGUUUGAAUGGAGCAUAUGAUGUAUUGUUCGUAGGAAAGAAUGGGCAGUGUGCUCACGAAUUCAUUCUGGACCUUCGACCGCUGAAGUCAUCCACCGGAGUAACGGAGGAAGAUGUCGCUAAGCGUCUUCAAGACUACGGAUUUCAUUCACCGACAAUGUCUUGGCCUGUCGCUGGAACGCUCAUGGUAGAACCCACAGAAUCCGAAGAUUUGCAAGAACUCGAUCGCUUCUGUGACGCCAUGCUUUCUAUCCGAAAGGAGAUCGAUGAUAUUGGCAGCGGACGAAUUGCUUACGAAGAUUCUCCUCUCCACAAUGCUCCCCACACUUUGGACGACUUGAUGUCCGAUAAAUGGGAUCGUCCAUAUACGAGRGAAGCAGCCUGCUACCCUGCGCCUUGGAUCAAGUCCAACAAAUUUUGGCCAACGUGYGGAAGAGUUGACAAUGUAUAUGGUGACCGAAACCUUGUUUGCACUUGCCCACCAUUGGAAGCUUACGAGGACGAGGAAGAGAUKAAAAAAGUAGCGUAAAUCUUWUUAAUUCUCUCAUACAAUACCAUGCKAACUACCACCAUUAAAUAGUGCAGUAAUAUGGCAGUUUUCUUUCAAUAAUCCUUCUCAAUAAAACAUAAAUUACUGU